UCUCCAAAUUCAGCCUGCACUCCUUCCUACCAGCCAUAGCUGAUUUCUUCAAAGAGAGGAAGAGACACCGUGUAAACGAAAGGAACAAAGGGGAAAUGUGGAAAGAGAGAAGCCAGGCGAAGGAAACAGCUCCGGUGAAGGCAAUACAAACGACGGUGUUGUUGUGUUGUGUUGCAGCAAAGAGCUACAAGAAUGGCGGAUGAAGAAGACGAGCUGGACGAGCAGGAGCUGGAGGACGGCUCCGGCGGGACGGACGUCUGCCACGGAAGAAGAAAGAGGCUCUUCUCUAAGGAGCUCCGCUGCAUGAUGUACGGGUUUGGAGACGACCAGAACCCGUAUACCGAGUCUGUGGACAUCCUGGAGGAUCUGGUCAUCGAGUUUAUCACUGAAAUGACCCACAAAGCGAUGUCCAUCGGACGCCAGGGACGCGUCCAGGUGGAGGACAUCGUUUUCCUCAUCCGCAAAGACCCGAGGAAGUUCGCCAGGGUGAAAGAUCUGCUGACCAUGAACGAAGAGUUGAAGAGAGCCAGGAAAGCUUUCGACGAGGCGAAUUACGGCUCAUAAACUCUUAAACUUCACUAUUUUUUUUGACCACAUACAUAGACGUCUUCAUUCAAUUUGGCUGUUCAUUCCUUUUAAUUUGCUGCCCUGGUAAUUAAUUGAUCUGUGUGUCCGCUGUCAAAGUUUGUGCUGACUCUGCGUUAUUUGAGACAAGUGAUUGGCAUCAUUUUACAUAUGACAAUGAACAGUGACCUGAUUUCAUGCUGUCUGGGACUGUAAUAAAGUAAUAUACAUAUUGUUUUACUAAUACUGAGUAGAUUGUUUAAAUUGAGCACCAUCAUUUUCAGAGGAGAUAUUAUAUCAUGUUGCACCUUUUUUAUGAUUUCAGAACAGCUGAUACACUUGCAGUCGCUUUGUCAAACCCUUAAAUGCCCUUAAAAUGACUCAUGACCCCUGGAAAUGUGCACUGGUCUAA